GGUAGGCGCUGCAUGCUUUGUGGACAAGAGCGCCAGGUACGUCGACGUGGCCUACCUCCGCUAUUUCAUGGACCUGGAUACCGUUCACCAGUGGAACUGGGGGGCAGCUACUCUGGCAUAUCUCUACCAGAAGCUGAAUGAGGCCUCCAACUGGAGGACGAGGCAGCUGGUCGGAUCCUGCACUCUGCUUACGAGCUGGAUCAUCUCCUACUUCUCCCGCAUCCACGGCUUCCACAUCGAUCCUGCGUACGUUGACGCCAUGCCCAGGGCCGCCAGAUACGCCCUCCAGAGGGGGAACGAUGCGGUGGGACCAUACCGCCUGUACCUGGACCGCACGAUGCACGACGACGUCACCUGGAGGCCGUUCGCCGACUAUGCUCAGGUUGUCCCCUUCGACGGGGUUGCUCUAUAUUCAGGCUGGUUGGCAUGCGGGACCGGCAUCAUGGUCCGGUAUCUCCCGGAGCGGUGCAUGCGGCAGUUUGGGUUCGUGCAGAUCAUACCCAGGUCACCCUUCGAGGCUGCUCCUGACACAGUGACCAGAGUGCAGCUCACUGCCAUAUGGGAGGAGUGGCAGCAUCAUGUGGUACCGGAGGAGUACCGUCGCAUGCGGGUCACCCAGGACUGACACAGUGUG